AUGGCAGACAAGGGAAAGAAGAAGAUAACUAUCAAGCCAAUAACAUUUAGAGACACUUUUCCUAUUCCUGCUAUCGGUCAACUCUCUCUCGACGAGACAUGUCCUAGAACUGUAACUAACAGUUUAAAAGAAAAAGGCUACACGCUUGGUGGUUCAUUAGGCAAGGGGUCUUUUGGUAAGGUGUAUAAGUGUAUAGAAGAUGCGACAGGGCAAGCAUUUGUUUGUAAGAUAACGUUAACGCGAAAGAAUGAUAUCGAGAUGGCGAUCAGGGAGAUGGAUAUUAUGAAGGGGUUGUCGGCGCAUCCCAACCUUGUGGCUUGGAAGGAUGGAAUUAGUGACGCACAUGCCAUUGUGAUAGUCGUGGAGUUAUGUCAGGGUGGCACGUUAUGGGAUCACAUGAAAAACAAGGUUUCGUACACCGAAGAAUUUUAUCCCCCGAGUUUUGUGAGGAGCUUGGAAGAAGCUCAUGAAAAGCUUAAAAGUAGUCUUAAAUUGAAGGAAAGAGGGUGGGAUAUUGAGAAUUAUGAAACUUCCAAGCAAAGGAGAGAAUUAGAUCAUAUGUUUGAAAGGUUGAAGGAAGAAAAAGUCAAAGUUGAAGAACAGUUAAAAAUGAAGAGCAGUCUAUUCAAUCAAUUGGAAGAAAAUUAUGAAAUGCUUCGUGUGAAGGAAAACGAGUGGGGUAUUGAGAAACGUGCUUUUUGUGGUGAGAUAUCGAUACUAGAAAGAAAGUUGGAUUCGUUAUAA